GAUGCGGGUCAUCCCUCGGAUGCAGUCGAGCUUCCCAACAUGGACCUUUGCGCGGGACAUCUCGCUCCUUGCGUAAGUUCUCCCCCUCCUUGCCGCUGUGUGGCUUUUUUGCAGGCGGAGCGGCCCGGCCGCGCUCGGUGUGCGAAGGCUGCCGGGGCGUCAUCGCGGAGCGCUUCCUGCUGCGCCUCAACGACGGCCUGUGGCACGAGCGGUGCGUGUGCUGCGCCUCUUGCCGGGAGCCCCUGGAGAGCACCUGCUUCUACCGCGACGCCAAGCUCUACUGCCGCCUGGACUACGAGCGGCUGUUUGCUGUGAAGUGCAGCAACUGCUUUGAAGCAAUUGCUCCCAGUGAGUUUGUCAUGCGGGCCCAGAAAAAUGUGUACCAUAUGGGCUGCUUCUCCUGUUGUAUCUGUGAGAAGCAGCUUCAGAAGGGAGAUGAAUUUGUCCUGAAGGAGGGCCAGCUGCUGUGCAAGAGUGACUAUGAGAAGGAGUGUGAACUACUUAGCCUAGUGAGCCCAGCUGCAUCUGAUUCGGGGAAAAGUGAUGAUGAAGAGAUCCUCUGUAAAACAGGAGGCAGCAGCAGAAAAGGGCCUGAGGGAACCAAGGACCUCAAGAGGCCCAAGAGGCCGCGGACAAUUCUAACGACACAACAGCGACGGGUAUUCAAGGCAUCAUUUGAAGUGUCUUCUAAGCCAUGUAGGAAGGUGAGAGAAACACUGGCAGCAGAGACAGGAUUAAGUGUCCGAGUUGUACAGGUCUGGUUCCAGAAUCAAAGAGCUAAGAUGAAGAAACUAGCAAGACGACAGCAGCAACAGCAGCAAGAUCAGCAAAGUACACAGAGGCUCACAUCUGCUCAAACAAACAACAGCAACAACAGUGGCCUUGAAGGAAUCUUGAACUCAUACACUACUUUGCAACCACCCUCACAACAAAUACUGAUAAUUGAUCAAAGUGUCUGCAGCUCUGAAUCCUUCCGGCAAGGGCUUACUCCACCACAGAUGCCAGGUGACCACAUGCACCCUUAUGGUUCUGAGCCUCUUUUCUGUGAGCUGGAUAGUGAAGACACCUCUCUCAGCAAUGUGGGUGACUGUUUCAUAACAACGAGAGAAUCUGGGUUCCUACAGUCAAGAGGGGGAAACCCCAUUGACCACCUGUACUCAAUGCAGAACUCUUACUUCACAUCAUGAGGCAUUUGAGUCCCUAAUUCUAAUUUCAUUUUCAGAUUAAAACAUAGUUUGGUAAGGUAGAAAUGUCUCCCGCCAAAAUAUUUGCACUUUUGAAAUAUUUAUCUUUUUUACAAUCGUUUUUUUUUUUUGGCAUAGUAGUUUCUUCCAGCUGUUGCUGAUACAGUUUUGUUUUCUUUUGGUUGCUGCUUUUUUCAUAUUCCUGAAUUAGCAAUACUUAUUCAGUCAGGGAUAAGAUAAUCGUUACUAUAAUAUAAUAAAUCAAAUGACAAGGAUGGCAUCGGAGUAUUAUGAAAUUCAAUUUGGUUGCAAA